AUGGAAGUCCAAAGCGUAGUUGUCAAUGCUGUGCAAGAGUUGAGUACUGAAAAGGUUUCCAGUUCCAGAGCUUUUGCUCAGUUUCAGUAUUUUAAUGAGUACUUGGGAAAUACCUCUUGGCAAAUUAUUACAGCUUUGACUGACAGGUGCUCUAUUACUCCAACCCAGGCUCUCCACCUAGCAGUGAGUAGUGCUCCUGCAGGACCAGCUGGCACAGAGACCAUAUAAGAUUUAGUGUGCCUUGGUAUGAUGGUGAAAAUUUUCAACUAUUCAGAACACAUGGAUGAUGAGUCUGUAGGGAAUAUCUAUAAAGGUUUGGUCCAGACAGGAGCUUUGGGGUGCUUUGGGGAAUUCAAUCAUCUCUUGGUAGAAGUCUAGUCAGUAGUAGAAGUCUAGGCAGUACAAUUAAAGACUAUCCACAAUAAAAUUAGGACGAAAAAGAAAUUUGAAUUUCUUGGUGAAAACAUUACACUGAAAUCCAGAGUUGGAAUAUUUAUUACUAUGAUCCCUGGAUGUGCAGGUCAGACAGAACUGCAUGAGAACGUCAGGUUUUUUUUCUUCCCUAGAAUCUGUGACAUGGCUGUCCCUGACACUGAACUGGUCUCUGUAAUAAUGUUGGCUGCUGAAGGGUUUAUUGAUGCCUGUCUGUUAGCCAGGAAGUUCAUCAUCUUCUAACCUCUCUGCAGGGAGCUGCUCCCUGAACAGGGCCAUUAUGACUGGGGACUUCAUGCUAUCAAGUCAGUUUUGGUAAUUUCUGGGUCCCUGAAACAAGGAGACAAGAACAGACCUGAGGAUUGGGUAAAAUAUGUUUCUGUCUUAAGAGACUUCAAUUUGCAUAAAAUAGUGACAGAUGAUAUCCCAAUUUUCACAGGCGUGAUCAGUGACCUGUUUCCAUCUCUGGAUGUUCUGAGGAUGAGGAACCUACAGUCUGAGCAGAUGGUUAAACAAUCUACCCUGGAGCUGUACUUGCAGCCAGAAGAGAACUUUAUUCUCAAAGAUGUCCAACUGGAGGCACCGGCAGUGUGUCACUCUGUGUUUGUUGGUGGAAUUGCAGGGAAUGGAGAGGGAGAGGUUCCAGAUCUGUUCAGUGAUGAAGACAUGAAGGUCAUAAUUGCAGGAGUUAGAAAAGAAGUGUUAGCCAUGGGCUUGAUGGACAUCAGUGAACACUCCUCGAGCAAAGCUCUGCUGGAAUUAUCUGCUCAGAGUGAAUACCAAGCAUUUUUCAUGGCAUCCUUCUGCCUUUACGUUGGCGCCUUUGCCGCGUGCAGCAGCUGCGCCGCUUUUGCACCGCUGAGACACCUGACUGCAGCCCCAACCUCAGCAGCAGGACAGACAUCUGAGCAUCUCAGGCAAGCUGUGGGGUCUGUGGUAGAAGAUCUAAAAUCCAUACUUGCUACUCAAGAGGCAGAACUGCAACUGAAAAAUCAAGAUACUGAAGCUUUGAUUGCUAAGAUAGGGUUUCAGACUGGGAAACUGAGACAAGAAAAGGCCAUAGCAGAUGCAGAGGAGCUAAAGGUUGAUCAUUCUUUGCAAGAUUUAAUCAACUAUGAUAAGGAGCAUAUUUCUCAGCAUUGUCUGAAGGUUGCCAAGGAACAUUACUUGAAGGAUCCAGAUUUCAACUCAAAUUAUGUUCAUACAAAAUCCUUUGCAGCAGCUGGUCUCUGUGCCUGGGCCAUCAAUAUAGCAAAAUUCAGUGAGGUGUAUUGUGAGAGAGAACCAAAAUAUUGUGCUCUGGCUCAGGCUAACACUGAAUUAGCAGCAGCUACAGGAAAACUAGAAGUCAUCAGGAAAAAGCUUCUUGUAAUUGAUAGAACAUUAACCAGACUCACAGCUUCACUUGAGAAAGCAGUUGAAGAAACAGUCCUAUGUCAAGAUGUAAACAGAAUAAACAAAAUCACUGGGCCAGCCAACAGGUUGGUUAAGUGACCUGAGGGAAGAAAAACGUGUUGGAGUCAGUCCAUUGAAAACUUCAAAGCACAGAAGAAAACUUUGUGUGGUGACAUCUUAUUGACAGCAGCAUUUGUGUCUUACUUUGGACCCUUCAUAAAACAAUAUCACCAGGAACCAAAGGGACAUUUCUGGAUCCCUUCUCUAAAGGUACAAAAAGUUCCUUUUCCUGUGACAGAAGGCCUGGACCCAAUUGCCACAUUGAGGGAUGAUGCUGUGGCAUGGAGUAACAAGGGUGAUAGGAUGUCAACAGAAAAUGCCACUGUUCUAACAAACUGUGAGUGCUGACCUCUGAUGAUAGAUCCCCAGCAACAGGGAAUUAAAUGGGUCAAGAAUAAAUGUGGAGCUGACCUUAAAGUCAUAUGUCUAAGACAGAAAGGAUAUGUUUUUCUGAAGACCAUUGAAAGAGCUUUAGCUUUUGAUGAGACUGUAAUAAUUGAAAACAUGUGUGACUCUAUUGAUCCCAUGCUUGGAAGACAUACAGUUAAAAAGGGAAGAUGCACCACGAUUGAAGACAAAAAAUGUGAAUUCAAAAAGAAUUUUCAUCUCAUCUUUCACACUAAACCGGCUAACCCUUACUACAAGCCAGAACUGCAGGCUCAGACUACCUUCAUUAAUUUCACUGUCAGCAGGGACAGGCUGGAAGACCAGCUGUUGGCUGAGGUUGUUAAUGCAAGACUCACAAAAAAUGUAAGUCAGUCCUCACCAAGAAGCCAGAGCAGUUUCAUGACUGAGUUCAGGCAGCUGGAGGAUGACAGGCUGCUCAGCCUGUCAGCUGCCCAGGGCGGUCUCCUAGACCACAGUGAACUUGUAAAGAAAAUCAAAUCAGCAAAGUCAACGGCAGCAGAAAUACAACGCAAGGCAGUAGCUGAAGCCAUAGAAAAUGAAGCUCAGGAUGACUCGACAAGAGAGCAUUACAGACUGACAGCUGGAAGAGCAUCCCUUCCUUACUCUGGGAGCAUCAGCCUGGGCAGUGUCAACCCCAUCUACCAGCUUUCACUGAAGAAGUGUGUGGACUCAACAUAUCCAGAAAAGGAGAAAAAAAGCUCUUUUCAGAAACUAGUAAUACUCCAGGACAGAAUAUCUUAUGCUCUGAGAAAUUGUGUGGAGAAAAAUCUUGGCUCGAGGUACUUGAAAAACACAACGAUGGAUUUAGCAAAAUGCUAAGAAGAGAGCAGUCCAGCCACUCCUGUGUUUUUCAUCCUGUCUUCAGGACUAGACCCACUUGAAGAUCUUUCUAUUGCAGGCAAAAAGCUUGAGUUCACUGUAGAUUCUGGAAGAUUUCAUAACAUCACUCUAGGACAGAAGCAGGAGAUGGUUGCAAAGGAGGCACUCAAGAAAGCUGCCCCACAUGGCCAUUGGGUUCUUUUCCAAGUGAUAGCUGAGUGGUUCAGAACCUUGGACAAACUCCUUGAGCAAUGUCAUCCUGAUUUCUGUGUCUUCAUCAGUGCUUUGUUAGCUCCGACCACAGAAGAGCACAUCAGUCCCCAAGGAAUACUAGAAAAUACAAUUAAAAUUACUGGUGAGCCUCCUGCAAGGAUGCUGGCUAAUUUCCAUGCUGCUCUCCAUGGUUUUGACCAGGGGACCCUUGAACUGCAUGCCAGAGAAGGGGCAUUUAAAAGCAUCCUUUUCCCUCUCUGCAAUUUUCACACUUGCAUUCCGGGGAGACUGAAGUUUGGCCCUUGGGGCUGGAAUGGAAGGUGGGUUACACAGGAGGACUCGCAUAACCUCCUUGGUGAGAUCAGACCUCACCUGGGAACAAUUGUAAAGACAGAAGGGCGGCAAGCUCCUGCUUCAUACCCCAGUAACCCACAGCCUCCCUCUGUGCACAUGACUCCCACAGAUGCAGUAAAACCUGAUUUAAGUGCCAGCAGAGAGAGACUGGUUAAGAAUGUCCUGGGUGAUAUUCUGGAAAUCCUUCCUGAGAAGCUAAACAUAGCAGAAAUCAUGCAGGAAGACUAUUGCCUGGAGACCCUAUGCUCUUGUUUGCCUCAAAGAGGGGAGCUAAUGUUUUCUGCUCACAUGGAAGUGCUGCCAUAUAGACUCUUCUGUGAUGCUGUGCCAGACACAUGGACUAAGCCAGCGUAUCUAUCCACAACUUUGUCCACUGCUGUAAUGCAGAACAGGAAUGACUGGCCUUUGGAUAAGGUGUGCUUGACUGCAGAUGUUACCAAAAAUACAAAGGAGGAGUAUGACCACUCAGCAAGGGAAGGAGCCUGUACCUGUAUGCCUUCUAUGCAAGAACAUCAUGUUUCUGCUAUUACUGCAGGCACCACACAGGACAUCCAGUGGGGCCCAGAACAGAAGCAUGGUUCAGUAACUGACUUCAGCAAUACCAGACAUUUUUUUAAAGGCUAUUCCAGUGGAUCAAAGGGAAACCAAGAAUGUUUGUGA